AGUCAGAAGUCAUUCAGAAAAGUGUCUACACACAACUGCAAUAAUGAGGGAGAUCGUGCACAUUCAAGCCGGACAAUGCGGAAAUCAGAUUGGUUCAAAGUUCUGGGAAGUCAUCAGCGACGAGCAUGGCAUUGAUCCAGCCGGCAACUAUGUAGGUGACUCAACCCUGCAGCUUGACAGAAUAAAUGUAUACUACAACGAGGCAUCCUCACAGAAAUAUGUUCCCAGAGCAGUGCUUGUGGACUUGGAGCCAGGAACUAUGGACAGUGUUCGAUCCGGGGCAUUCGGACAGCUUUUUCGCCCUGACAACUAUAUUUUUGGACAGACAGGUGCGGGCAACAACUGGGCGAAGGGCCACUAUACCGAGGGAGCCGAACUGGUGGAUUCAGUCCUAGAUGUGGUUAGGAAAGAGUGUGAACACUGCGACUGCCUUCAGGGAUUCCAGCUCACGCAUUCCUUGGGCGGCGGAACUGGAUCCGGGAUGGGGACACUUAUGAUCAGUAAGAUCCGCGAGGAGUAUCCUGACCGCAUCAUGAACACCUUCAGCAUCAUGCCUUCACCGAAAGUGUCUGACACAGUGGUGGAACCCUACAACGCCACUCUCUCUGUACAUCAGCUGGUGGAAAACACAGACGAAACCUACUGUAUCGACAACGAGGCGCUUUACGACAUCUGCUUCCGAACGCUCAAGCUCACGACCCCCACGUACGGAGAUCUCAAUCAUUUGGUGUCGGCCACCAUGAGCGGGGUCACCACGUCGCUGAGGUUCCCCGGGCAGCUUAACGCUGACCUGCGCAAGCUGGCCGUCAACAUGGUCCCUUUCCCCCGUCUUCAUUUCUUCAUGCCGGGUUUUGCGCCGUUGACCGCAAGAGGAAGUCAGCAGUAUCGUGCCCUCACGGUGCCUGAACUCACACAGCAGAUGUUCGAUGCCAAAAACAUGAUGGCGGCCUGCGACCCACGCCACGGGCGUUACCUCACGGUUGCUACAGUCUUCCGUGGCCCCAUGUCCAUGAAGGAGGUGGAUGAGCAGAUGCUGGCUAUUCAGAACAAGAAUAGCAGCUAUUUUGUUGAGUGGAUCCCCAAUAACGUUAAAGUCGCAGUGUGUGACAUUCCACCCAGGGGGCUCAAGAUGGCCUCCACUUUUAUCGGCAACAGCACCGCCAUCCAAGAGCUUUUCAAACGUAUUUCCGAGCAGUUCUCUGCCAUGUUCAGACGCAAGGCCUUCCUGCAUUGGUUUACAGGAGAAGGUAUGGAUGAGAUGGAGUUCAGUGAAGCCGAGAGUAAUAUGAAUGAUCUGGUUUCAGAAUAUCAGCAGUACCAGGAGGCUACGGCUGAUGGCGAAGAGGCGUUCGAAGAUGAUGAAGAAGAGCUGAAUGAGUGAUCAGCAGGCAAAAUAUUUGAUCAUUUUAUGUCUGUGUUUUCAAGCUGUGAUUUUUUAUGUUGAUGAUUCUUGUAAACAAAAAGUGUGUGCAAU